AUGCAACGCUCGCAGCUCUCGUGCUCCCCGUUCAUUCAAGUUGCCAAUUUAUCAGACGAACACGCCGAUCCCAUCAACUGCUUGUCCUUCUCGCACGACGGAUGUCUCCUUGCCAGCGGUGGCGACGAUGGAAAGCUCGUCGUAUGGGAUCCUGCCGAAAGGAAGCCGAAGUGUCGUGUUAUUUUCGAGAACUCCGUCGACAUUCUCCUGUGGCAUCCCAUCUAUCCUGGAUCUCUCAUCGUUGGCCUAUCGAAUGGCGAUCUUCAACAACUCAGUGGAUUUGGCUCAUUGCGCGACUACGAGCAGGUUGAGAUCCGCCUGGGGGGCAAGCAAGCAAUACAUUGCGUGGCCUACGACGACACCACAAGAUGCCUUGCCGUUGGUAUGGGCAGUCGUGUAUAUGUCACACGCGAAUGCCAGCGCAAUGUAUAUGCUGGUAUUAUAACGCUCCCUGAACCUUUGUCUCCAGAAGUGCUGCAGGGUCCUGACAGGGUGCAUCUCAACGCAAAGAAGGUGGUCGCUAUUGAUGUGUCCUUCCACAAAGAUGGCAAGAAUCUUAUCGUUUCUUACGUGUCUCAUGGCAUUGUCUGCUGGGAUACCAGUACUCAUGGACGCCUUUGGGAAAUCUCCCUCCCGGUGGCUACUCCGACCAUAGCAGGCGCAGUUCUGUUCGCCCCAGUUAGAUUGCUCGCCGUGUAUAAUUCUGUCAGUGGCGUUGACAUGUACGAUAUUGCGUACCAUGGCAAGCAAAGGCCCCGCAAGACGUACCCUCUCGAUGAGCGCCCCCACUCCAAACACCGUCUACCCGUACAAUUCAUCAAUUAUGGGGCGCAACUGUUCUGCGGGACCACGAACGGCAAUGUACGCAUCUGGGAUGUUGCCUCCGCCAAUGUCUUCCAGGACCUGCAUCAUGAUAGUGCGUCACCGACGCGCUUGUAUACCGCUGUUGUGAAGCAGAACAAAAGCUACAUUGCGACUGGCUCUAUCGGGAGCGGGGGGCGUCCUCAGAUCAAGGUGUGGGCGGCGAAUUUGGGUGAGCGACUCUGUGCCUCGGCCAGAUUCAACAUUCAUUGA